AUGGAGACAGACGAGACGGAGACGGCAUGCGCAAAGUCAGAGAGCAGAAAAAGGCCUCCCCUGUUUCUUGGGAUGCCAGGCUAUUCUUGCCCUGGCUCGGCCAAUCAGCGCGCGUGCUCGGGUACAGGUACACACAGCCAUGGGCUAAGCCGGCGUGACAACACCCUCACAAAUGCUGCUGCUCCUCUUUGCCUGUCCCCCGCCAUUGGCCACGGCGCUGCGAGACAAGAGUCAGGCAUUUGCAGAAGGCGAGCAAGAAAGCCGGAGAAGACGGAGAAGAAGAAGAAGAACGCAGAAAGAAUGUGCGUCAUCGCCAUCAUCCGGUCUUGCCAGCAGACAGACAGACAGACACGUGAGAGUGAGUGGGAAGACGAGAACAGACAAGCGACGGACAAAUCCGACAAACCGACGACCAGACACAGACACAGAGAGAAACCCUCAUCAUCCAGGAACGGACAGCCAACAAGCAAAAUGGCGGGGUCCAAGCUAAAUCGUGUUUGGCUCCCGCCCUCAAGUCUUUACCCGUGUCGAGUCUCUGUCGAUUCUGCCGUGGAAUCUCCCCCCCUAGCCGGGCCCGAGGAUACAAUACGAGAACGUGGACCAGCAAAUCGUCCCCGGAAAAGUCUGUACGACCGCUUCCCCUUGACCCAUGUCAGACUCCAUCCAGAUCGUCGACUCCACACCGCAGCCUCCCGUGUUUCAAGUCGCCCUGCUAGCACAUGA